AUGGUCGCAGGCUACCGCAAACCCGCUCUCGAACCAUCCCCAGCCACAAAACUCGUCCGCGAACUCGUCCACUUCGGACAGCCCGCGCAACCCUCCCACAGUCUCGACGGCGAGCGAGAAGAGGUCGCCGUCUCUCGCGGCAAGGGCAAGGGAAAGGCCAAGGAGCAGAACGGGUCGAACGCAGAGGCCAGCGCGACCAGCGACGCGGACGAUGUCACUGCGAGGCUCGACAAGCUUUCGGUGCAGAACGGCGCACAGGGCAAAGGCGAGACGUCCAAGGCUCUCAAAAAGCUCUUGCGGUCGACCAACCACACCGUCACCAUCCCCGGACCAGGAGGCAAGGAGGAGAAGCGCGUCUUGACGAGCUGGAAGAUGGCAGACUACGCUUACAAGCGCGAGCCGUGCCCGUUCCCGACUCGUGCGCGCGGACUGUUUACGGAGAAGGUCGGCAAGGGAGAGAGCGAGGAGUACCGCAUCGUCGCGAGGGGUUACGACAAGUUCUUCAACGUCAACGAGGUCUCGUGGACCAAGUGGGACGCGAUCCCGCAAUACUCGACGGGCCCGUACGAGCUGACGACCAAAUCCAACGGCUGCAUCAUCCUCAUCGCCGCGCUCACUCCCUCGCACAUCAUCGUCACCUCGAAGCACAGCGUCGGACGAAACGCGAGCCUCAGCACCGAGGGAGGCGUGUCCCAUUCCGAGAGGGGCGAGUACUGGUUGGAGAAACAUGUCGAGAAGGUUGGGAAGACCAAGGCGGAUCUGGCCAAGGAGCUGUACGAGAAGAACUUGACUGCCGUCGCCGAGCUCUGCGACGACUCGUUCGAAGAACACGUCCUCCCCUACCCUCCCGAAAUGACCGGUCUCCACCUUCACGGCCUCAACCACAACUCUCCGAUCCUCAACACCCUCCCCUCGUCCGAAGUCGCCACCUUCGCGCGCAAAUUCGGCCUCAUCCCAACUCCCUACACCGUCUUCCCCUCGGUCGUCGCCGUACGGACCUACUGCGAAACCGUCGAGAAAGCCGGCGGAGUCGAAGGUCCCGACGGAAAGUUGACGCCCGUCGAAGGCUUUGUCGUCCGCGGACACCGCAAAGGUGGCUCGGCAGGCGAGGCUUUCUUCUGGAAAGUCAAGUACGACGAACCGUACCUCAUGUACCGCGAAUGGCGCGAGUUGACUCGCAAGUUGCUCGCGAGUUAUCCGAACCUCGACUCGGUCAGCGGGAACAAGAUCCGGAAUGAGGAGAGUAGGUUGUACCUCUGGUGGGUCAGGAGGGAGAUCCAGCGCGAUCAUGCCAAGUUUGAGCCGUGGAAACAUGGAAAGGGGAUCAUCAAGACGAGGGAGGAGUUUCUCGAGUGGCAGAAGACGCCCGAGGCGAACAAGGCGAGGAGGGAACUCGGGCAGAAGAUUGAGAUGGAUGAGGAGGAGCGCAAGAGUCGCAGGUUCGACAGGACUGUCAUCGUCCCCGUCGCCGUCCAAGGAUGCGGCAAGACCGCGCUCGGUCUCGAGCUCGCCCACCUCUUCGGCUGGGGACACGUCCAGAGCGACGACUUUCUGCAGAAGAAGCCGGCGCCGCACUUCCUCAAAGCCGUCAAGGGCUUGCUCGAUUCGAAGGAGGUCGUCAUUGCCGACAAGAAUAACCACCUCGCCAAGCACCGCGAAGACCUCGUCUCGCUCGCCGAAUCCGUCUCGCCGAAACACACCGUCCGCCUCGUCGCGCUCGUCUGGCCUACCAACUCCCCCUCUCUCCCUCGGGACAAGUUCCAUGCACUGUGCGCGUCGCGCAUCGUCAAGCGCGGUCAGAACCACCAGACUCUCCGCGCGGGCGAGCUGCACGAGAGCAUCUUGUGGCAGUUCCUAGGCCAGCACGAGCCGUUCGAUCAGGAGAUGAACGCCGCCGAUUCCAAGUUCGACCAUGUGAUUGAGAUGCGUGCCGAGUGGGCGCAGGACGAGGCGCUCCGACAUGCGGUCGAGGAAUUGGCCAAGAUCGACGGCGUCUUGCCCAAGGGCACGCAGGUCCCGCUUGCGAAGAACAAGCUCGACGAGGCGUUGCGGUACGCCAAUACGUGGACGACGAGCGUACGCAAGGAGGAGUCGGCGCAGCAGGUCAAGCAGCGGGCCAAGGCGGGCGCCGCGCGGUACUAUGGCAUCGCGGUCGACGUCGACGUCAAGGCGCUCGUCGAGAAGCACCUCCCGCAGUCCGAGAAGGACGACGAGAACUCGCUCUGGUCGACGCUGGUCAAGAGCUCCCGCGUUGAGCGCAAGCCGCACGUCACGCUCGUCCACCGCAACGAAGUCGAGUCGACGGACGAGGCGGUCCGCGCGUCCAAGCAGGCGCUGUGGGACCGCUACUCUGCGCUUGUCGACGCAGCGACCAAGUCGGGCAAGGAGCAGGACAAGCUGGCUGUCGAGCUCACCCUCGGCCCGCGACUCCUCUGGGACGGCCGGGCCAUGUCGCUCGAAGUCUCGGCUCUCACGCCCAAGGUCGCGCCAAAGAAGGGCGAGGCGCCGCACAUCUCGCUCGUCGAUGGUCGAGCAGCGCACAUCACGGUCGGCACGCGCUCGUCCGACAUCCGCCCCGUCGAGGGCAAGUUCUUGAUGGAGAUCGUCGCGAAAGGAGGCAAGUCGACUGAGCAUGGCGGCGCGAUCCACCAGGUGCGGAUUGGCGAGGUCAAGGUGCCGGGCAAGCUGGCCGGCCUGUCGUAA